UCGAUAUAGAAUUCGAGGGGCGAUACAAAAACCCUAGCCUUCACCGCUUCGCGUCGUUCGGGAGCCCCGAGAUAUCCAGAAGGCAGACCACCGGCACUUUUGCGGUUUAACAGAGGCGGCGCGCGCUGCCCUUUCAAUUUCCAACAGGCAACAUCGUUGGAAAACCUUCGAAAUCAGAGUCGGAUGCAUUUUACAACAGUAUAAAUAAACCAUAAAGAAAAUAGUGGCUCAGUUGUUGCCUGCUGAAACGAAGUAUCAAACAUGACCAGACCUCCUAAGCGAGAAAAGCUCCACAACUCUCUGUCUCAUCCUCCAGAACAACUUUGCUUUGAAGGGGAAAGCUUGGAUCAUCUCCUCAAAGCUAUUGAUAGAGAGAUAGAGUGUGUGAGAAGCGUGGACAGAGCUUUGCCAGAUAAAGUCUGGUUUAAGCAACUGUUUUCAAUCGGGGUGAAUGAAGUGACACGACUGCUUGAACGCAUGCCUCCUAUCCAUGUAAACGACUGCUGCUCUCUUGUUACCCACAGUGAUUUAGUCAAAGUUCCUCCAGUCCAACUUCAGGCCAUACUAUUAGCAGCUGAUUGCAAUCCACAGUGGUUGACCAAGCAUCUAUCCAGUUUGGCUGCUUCACGGAGGGUACCUCUUUUCUUUGUGAAAGAUAAGAAAAGAGCUUCUUUGAGGUUAGGGGAAGUGGUCAAACUAAAAAUUGCAAUUGCUGUUGGAGUAAAGGCUAGAGGAAACACAAUUAAUCACUUCAUCAGCAGUCACCUCCUUCAAAGGUCUGAAUAGCAUGCACAUUUGACCUUUUUGCUAAUGACCGCACCCAGUAUCAUUUCACUCUACAGAUAGCGUUGUCAAGUGCAUGUUUAAUUGUUUAUCUUUACAUUUAAGUUCAAGAACAGAGUAAGCUUAUUAGCUGCUGAUAACCGCACAUCAUUUUACUCUUCAGAUUAUUUCAUUUAUGUUCAAGAA